CAUACAGCGUAUGCGCCCGACGGCGGUGCGUCCUGGUUGGUUCCGUUUCGGUACACGAGAUUGAAAUAGAUACGAGUUUACGAAUGGUCUUCUUAUUUUAAGGAUUUAUAUUUAAUGAUAAUUUCGUCAUACAUGUAAUCGUUAAUAGCUGAGCUGCUUGCCGUUUUUGACCGGACAAGAAAACACGGUUUGUUUCCUCCAACUUUCCGAAGGUAGAUUGUUGACGCACCUGUAUGACCACAGUCUGUUAUUGCGGAAGACCUCUAGGAUAUACGUACUCCGUGUGUGAGCUACCGCAUGUCUGCUGAGACUGAGCUAGGCUAGCAUCAGACUGGCUGUUGCCGUUCCGUCCGCCAGGAUGCAGGGGGCAGAAGGGCCUGAGGCGCCGGGAGUGGGGGCAGUUGAGGACGACAUGGCGGAGGGGGAUCUGGGGGACGGGAGGGGGCUCCGGUCUGGGGCCACCUCCAGGACAACUCGGCCCAGCAGGGGUAGUGUGGAGGAGGAGCAGCUGCCCCGGUCGGGGCUCCGUAGGGGAGGCAGCCAAGGAAGCGAGGCAGCCUUCACCUGGACGUCCUGCGGAAGUCUGAACACAACGUUCAAGGAGGAACUUGAAGGGUGCCAAGCAUCUCUGUGUUGGAGAGAUACAGGCAGAGAUACAGUUCCAGAGCCCCUGAGGUACCUGAGUAGCGAGCAGCUGAGGCAAAGGGUGCAGGAUCUGUCUGAGGAGGUGGCGCUACUCCGCUGUGAGCUGGAGGUGAAGCAUCGACACCUUGAAGGAAAACAGGAAGCUCUGAAGAUCCUGCAGGGACAGGCCAUCCUGGACAAGGCCACCUCACACAGCAGGACACUUCAGCUGAAGAGUGAGGAGAGGACCAAGGCCUUAGAGAAGGAAGUGAAUGUGCUGCAGUGGGAGAUCACGUUCAACCAGGCGCAGUUCAAGAACUUUCAACAGUCAUGGGAGCAGAAGCACGACAGGGUCUGCUCUGAGAACCAGGCCCUGAGUGACAGCUUGGCCCAGCGGGGGGCGGAGCUACAGGCCCUGAGGUCUGAGAAUUACACUCUCAGCCAGCAGUGUCUGGAGCUGGUGGCCACGUUGGGGGUCAGAGAGCAGAGGGCCAUCCGGGGGACCAGGCUUCCCUGUGGCCAGGCAGGAGAGGCUGACACCCUAGAGGUGAGUGAGGCAGGAGAGGCUGACACCCUGGAGCCGGCGGUGUUGGGGGCGUGUCUGUGCCGUGCGGAGAAGGAGCCGUGCCCUUGUGCCCGCAGUGCCAGGAAACACCUGCUGCAGCUUACACAGGAACUGGAGUCUCAGAGCAGGAGGAGGGAAGAGGCUUUGAUGGUUGCGGAUGCUUUUAGAAUCGCCUUUGAACAGCAGCUGCAGAGGAGGAGUGACCACUUCCUGCUUCUGGCUGACACAGACAGGAAGUACCACUCACACAAGACUGAAGGAGGUGUGAGUAAGAGAAACUCGGCCGGUGUGGGCCAGAGACUGAGAGCCCUGCUGCCGUCCAGCGCUGAGGGCCGGAGGCUCCACCCCCCCAGCGAGACCCUGCACAGCCUGCUGGACAUGUUGAAUGAUAAGGAGGAGGCGUUAGCCCACCAGAGGAAGGUUAUCCUCAUGCUCGCUCACAACGCAGACAAACUGGAGAGACGGCUGCAGAACCCCACACACCAGGACACCAGACAAUGUGCUGAUUCAGGUCAAGACAUUUUAAACCAUGCCCAGCAUCCAUGUCAGGGAGCAACAUCUGACUCAAACCUCCAGCACUCCAGCACGAUUUCAGAGGCCAAGACAGAACCAGACAUAUCCUAGAGUCAGGGCCUGAUGCCGAGGAGGGUAGUGGAUGAUGCUGGUGAACCCGUCAGCAGAGAGGGGGGUAGUGGAUGAUGCUGGUGAACCCGUCAGCAGAGAGGGGGGUAGUGGAUGAUGCUGGUGAACCCGUCAGCAGAGAGGGGGGUAGUGGAUGAUGCUGGUGAACCCGUCAGCAGAGAGGGGGGUAGUGGAUGAUGCUGGUGAACCCGUCAGCAGAGAGGGGGGUAGUGGAUGAUGCUGGUGAACCCGUCAGCAGAGAGGGGGGUAGUGGAUGAUGCUGGUGAACCCGUCAGCAGAGAGGGGGGUAGUGGAUGAUGCUGGUGAACCCGUCAGCAGAGAGGGGGGUAGUGGAUGAUGCUGGUGAACCCG